AUGGCUUCAACCAAAGCGAGGGAUCAAAAUAACGGGGACAUCGAGGCCCCGAAUGCCUUCAACUCACAGCAAGGAACCCUGCAAAAACCUAACCAACUGAAUCUGCCCAAGGACGAGGCAGCAUCACAGGACGGGCCUUCCGAAAAAUCAGGAGACCGACGAAAAGAACACUUAUUGAAAAGGGAUGUGCUCCCGGAGCAGGACCUUGAUCAAGGUAUCGUCGGAUGGGAAGGGCAAGAUGAUCCAGAGAAUCCACGGAAUUACACCCCAUUGCGAAAAUGGACCGUUCUAGCUCUCGUGAGCUCAAUGACAUUGAUCAGUCCGUUUGCGUCUUCGGUUUUCGCACCUGCCGUUCGAUUUGCCGAUGUCGACUUCAACAACACUUCAACCAUCCUGAGCACUUUCGUUGUCUCAGCAUACGUCCUUGGCUACGCGAUUGGCCCACUCUUUCUCUCACCUCUCAGUGAGAUAUAUGGUCGACGCAUCGUCUUGAAUAUAGCAUCGCUUCAUUUCGUGGUGUGGCAGAUUGGCUGCGCUCUGGCUCCCAAUAUCUCAUCACUGAUCGUCUUCCGAUUGCUCACGGGCAUGGGUGGGUCUGCUUGCUUGACUAUUGGCGGUGGCACGAUAGCGGACAUGUUCGAGAAGGAACAGCGUGGCCUGGCCAUGUCCAUCUUUACCGCUGGGCCACUCUUCGGCCCCGUCCUCGGUCCUAUUUGUGGAGGCUUCAUAGCGCAAGGCGCAGGAUGGAGAUGGGUCUUUUGGACUCUCUUGAUCGUUGCAGGUACUUGCACUGGGUUCAUUCUCGUUUUCUAUCGCGAGACUAAUCACACUGUCCUCAUCCGGUACAAGACCCGUCGACUUGCCCGAGAGUUGAACCGUGACGAUCUGACAAGUUGCUAUGAUAAAGUCUUGGGCAAACGCUCCGCAAAGGUUCUCCUUGGUCGCAGCUUGAUAAGGCCUCUGAGACUGCUAUUCUUGUCUCCAAUUGUUGGACUAUUGGCGAUCUACGUUGCACUGAUAUACGGCUGCCUCUACUUGCUCUUCACGACAGUUACCACUGUCUUUGAGGAAGCGUAUCACUGGACUCCAGACUUGACAGGUCUCGCCUACAUUGGCCUAGGACUCGGUCUGCUUUGCGGACAGGCUCUAUUUGGUCUCACAAGCGACAAGAUUAUAGUCCGCCUUUCCAACGCCAACAACGGAGAAUACCAGCCCGAGAUGCGAUUGACAAUGUGUCUGUUUUUUGCUUUCUUCGUACCCAUAUCCUUCUUUUGGUACGGAUGGUCAAUUCAAGCAAAAGUACACUGGAUUGUCCCUAUCAUUGGGCUGUUGCCAUUCGGCUUUGGAAUGAUUGGGAUAUUCACGUCCAUCCAAACGUACAUUAUCGACUCAUAUUCUCAGUAUGCAGCGUCCGGGAUAGCCUCGGUGACCGUGACGAGAUCUUUCUUCGGCGCAUUUCUUCCACUUGCGGGCCCUUCGCUAUACCAGCGUCUAGGAUACGGAUGGGGAAAUUCUCUGCUGGGAUUUGUUACGCUCGCUUUGAUCCCAGCACCAGUUCUCCUACACCGAUAUGGCGGGUUUCUGAGAGAACGUUAUCCUGUAAAAUUAGAAUAG